AGUGCCCGUAACGACGUCACUCCAACAUGGCGGCAAACAUAGCACGACGUUUUUAUUUACUUUGUCGCAGUGCAGGAGUAAACGUAAUCCCACAGCGCGAAAAACUAAGGUGUGUUCUAAUAAGAGACAUUAACAACAUUUUACGGCUGAGUGUUGGUUACGGGACCCGAGGGGCAGACACCAUACAGGACGCCCAAGUCCAGAUUCCAGUGGACCGUCUGACAGUAUCUUACAGCAGAAGCAGUGGUCCUGGUGGUCAGCAUGUCAAUAAAGUCAGCACAAAAGCAGAGGUCCGAUUCCAUGUGCAAACAGCAGACUGGAUCCCAGAAGGUGUUCGACAGAAAGUCUUUGAAAAGAACAAAAACCGCAUCAAUAAGUCCGGGGAGCUGCUGGUGACCUCAGAGCUGAGCCGGAGUCAGCAGAGAAACCUCUCUGAUUGUAUACGGAAGAUUUCUGCCAUCAUAGCCGAGGCCAGCGAGAAGCCACAUGAGCCGACGGCAGAAGACGUAGCUCUUAGGGCAGCCAGGUUAGACAAGACGAACAAGGAGCGACUCAAACAGAAGAAGAUCCAUUCAGCUACCAAGAAGAGCAGACAAGUGGAUUUUGACUAACUGAUUGACUGUUACACUUCUACCUCCCAUUACUGUAUUGUCAAUAAUUACAUAAUAAGUAAUUUAUAUGUCUAGUGUUUAUUAUUAUUUUUUUUUAAAUAAAAGAAAGUAGCAACAUUUUUCCAACUAAA